GUGCGCCGGGCCGGGAGCGGCGGCGGCGGCGGCGCGGGGCGAGGUGAGCCGGGCAGGGCUGCGCUCCGCUCCGCUCGGCGUCCCGCAUCGGCCUCCCCCGCGCGGAUGGCGGCGGCGGAGCCGCUGGUGAGCGGCCUGGCGCGGCUGCUGCAGGAGACAGGAGACCUGGUCCUGGAUGGCUCCAGCACGCUGACGCUGCUCACCCCCACGCUGCAGCACCUGACGCGGCUCUUCGAGCAGCACCUGGGCUCUCGCAACCAGCACCGCGGAUUCGUGGCCCUGCCCUCGCACCCCGCCGAGACCGCCGCCAUCCUCCAGGCGCAGUUCCUCUUCGACAUGCUGCAGAAAACGCAUUCUCUCAAGCUCAUUCAUGUUCCAAACUGUGCUUUACAGUCUGCUGUGAAGAUAUUCCCUUUCAAGUCCCUGCGGCAUUUGGAAUUGAGGUCUGUCCCUCCACAUUGCCUCCGGGGUCUGCGAUUUGUCUAUUCUCAGCUGGAAUCUCUAACCUGCUCCAAAUGUAUCAGGACACUGGAGGAAAUCAUUUCAGCAUGUGGUGGAGAUCUGAGCUGCGCUCUCCCCUGGUUGGAAUUGCAGAUGGUCAACUUCAGCUAUAACUCCAUCACUGCCUUAGAUGACUCACUGCAAUUACUGAAUGCACUUAGAGUCUUGGAUUUGAGUCACAACAAGGUCCAAGAUUGUGAGCACUAUUUAACGACCCUUUCAGAACUUGAGUACCUCAAUCUGGCUUAUAACUUCCUGUCCAAAGUGCCAAACCUUGGUGUCUUCAGCCGAUCCAAGCUGGUGACUCUGAUCUUGCGCAACAAUGAACUUGACAGCAUUAAUGGGGUUGAACAGCUGGUGAAUCUGCAGCACCUGGAUGUGGCCUAUAACCUGCUUCUGGAACAUGCCCAGUUGGCAUCACUGUCCACUCUACACUAUUUAAAAAAACUGCAUCUAGAGGGAAACCCAUUAUGGUUCCAUCAAAACCACCGACCUGCAACCCUUGUACAUGUAUCUCCCAGGGCAGCCUCCUCCAAUUUCCUCUUGGAUGGAGAGCCCCUCUCUUCCUCGGACCUAAUGCACCUUCCAAAAUUAGUGCCAAGUGUGUCACAGUCCAUCCACACUUCUACCUCAGAGAAGACCAUACUGGACCGCAAUGCUCUGGACAGUUCCUGUGCUGCAGACUUCAGUGAUAGCCAGUCCCCAGCGGAGAAUGUGGCUGUCAGGCUCCCUCGGAAGAAAGGCAAGGGAAAAGUCAAAGUGCGCAGAGCGAGCAUUUCAGAGCCCAGUGACACAGAACAUGAGUCCCAGGCUUUACCUCUCACUGCUGGCCUGGUCCUACAGCAUCAGAAGGAGAUGGAGCGCAUGGACAGUUUCAGAGAUCGCUUUGGUGUUGACUGGCUGCAGUACAAGAGACUGGAGGAGCAUGACCAAGUACCUGUCAUCUGCCGUAGCCGUUCUGCUGAUGAGAUCACAGGCGGACCUGCAGCAGUAGAUUUGCAGAGUGAGAGCUUUGACCCAAAACAAGUAAAACCCCAAGUAUCCCCAAAAGAAUCCUCUCCUGCUUUCAAUGAUGCUGGGGAAGAAGGAGAACCUGAAGUACAGCCUGGUGAGCCUGUGGGAGGAGAACAGAGAGAAGAGGAGGCAGAUGAACUAAUGCUGGGAGAGGAAGAAGAUGAGAAGCCAGAAGUAGACCUUUGCCAGCCAGUGCUGGUGAGCCAGAUAGAAGGUGAAGGGGACCCAGAGUCAGACUGGAUCUUCCUGCGGGUCACAGCUAGGCAUGUGAUUGAGGUAGAACUGAAAGCUGCCAGAGUCCUCCACAAGCUGGAGCUGAAAUGCCUGCAGAAGAUAGAGACCUCUGAGAUGAGCUGGAAGAGGAUGCAUCAAAAUUGCAAAAUUACAAUAGUACCUGCAAUAACGCAGCAGAAGCCAGCACCAGCUCUAUUCCAAAGCUGGAGUCGGUCCAGCUCCCAGAUGCUAUCAGGAUCUUUCCAGGAGAAUCAAGUCUGUGAUCUGGAGCGAGUUUUCCCUGUCCUUACAUUGCACUUCACCUACAUUCGCAAGGACCGGCAGAAGCGCAAAUACGUGGUGCUGGAUGACUGUCCAGAGCAGUGUCUGCAGUGUGUGCUUCAAGUGUUGUCCCCAGCUGUGGAAGAGAAUCGGCGAAAUCAGGACCAGGAGAAGGAAUCCCUGAGGCUCCAGUGCUUGAAAUGCAAACUGGAGUUUUUGCAGUCCCUGGCUUCCUGGCAGCAAGGUCCUUAUCCUGCAGAGGCUGGAGACACCAAACAUUUGGAGACGCUAGUUGCCUCAAAUCAAGAUGCUUCAGUAGCUGGUGAACCCAUAGCCUGUCCCAGUUGUUCCAGUGACCACGUGGUAAUCCUGCCCUCGGAAGUAAGCUCCAGCACACCUGUGCCACCCAACCAUGAUGGCACAAGUGAGGACCUGUCAGACUCUGUCCUGGAGGGAGGCAGCCAGCAGGAGGGCCUAGAGGAAGUGCCUGCUCUGGCCAGGGAGAGUGGGAAGUUCUACAUCGGUGGGGAGGACAGCUCAGAGGUGGAUACCAGCAACAGCACCAGGACCCCGGAGCUGAGUGGCGAGCAUGACAGCACUAUCCAUUCCAGCUCCCACAGUACAGAUGGAGGCUGUGGGAAGAAGGAGCUGGGCAUGAAGAGCCAGUACUUGUCCCUCAGCCACACAGACACCAAUGGAGGCAGCUUGAUGGGGAGUUACCGUUACAGUGCUUCUCGUGGACCCACUCCUUCACAGCUCUCUUUGAACUGUGAGUCAGAGGAAACAUGGAACCUCAGUCCAUCUGCUAACAGCAUGCUGAACACAAGGGACUUCCGUUCCGUGGAUCAUCGCCUGAAGCUGUACUUGGAUAUGGAGGUUUUUGAGGAGAAUGAUGAGGAGUUCCAGUGCUUCCUCAAGGUGGCCAUGGUGAAGUUUGGCCGACAAGGAGAGUUCCUCUCAAUUCUGGUUGCCUCUAACCUCAGGAUUUAUGUGCUGGAAGUCACUGGGGUUAUCAGGGGACAACCUGCAGACUGGCUGAAGAAGGAUGCCUCUCACUACCUGUCUGAUAUUUCCCAUCUGGAAGUGGGACUUUGCCACCAGAGCUUGCGAAUGGAGUUUGAGAACCCAAAAGCCUCCUACAAUCUGCUGAUCCGGAGCCAAAGUUGCUGUGACCAGUUCCUGCAGACCCUGACAUAUCUCAUGCAAGAGCUGCCUGCCAAGCACAGAAGUAAGGUGAAGGAAAUCCCCACUGUGGAAAUGAAUCCUCAACAUUGGCUAUGGCCUCUGCUGGACUCCAAGAACACAGAUUCUGCAGCUGCAGAUGGCACUUGCUUCUUCUACCUGCUGGCCUACCUGAUUCAAGGGACAUCUGCUUUCCCUGUGACCCUGCUGAGCACACGAAGCAUGCUGUUUCUGCUGGAUGAAAAUCACCAGUGGCAGGUGCAACUCCCCUCGGAUGCAGAUCGUGAGGCAGAAAUGCCUUCUAGGAGCAACGUCCAGUUGAAGGAGAAGCAGCCAAUCAGCAGUAUUAGCAAUGUCAUAACCUAUCGCCUCUGUCCUUGCGACAUCAAGCUGAUGCUUUAUGAUGAGGUGCUGAAGGUGGAGAGGUCUUGGCACAUCCGCACAGAGUGCCCAGAGCUCCUGGCAGAGCUGGUGGAGUGGAUCCGCAGGCCCUGGGAGGAGAUGUUCUCUAUUGAGCUACGGAGAGCUGUGUACGAGGGACUGGAGUGAGCUUGCCAGCUGUAGGCAGGCAGGACUUGGAGUCAUGAAUGCUGCUGUACUGGCAGUGGUGCACAAAUGUGUCCCCUCCCAUCUGAUCUUGCUGUCCUGUGGCCUUUGCUUUCUACUCUAGUCUUGCCCCUGGCCCUUUCUGGUGAGGAGGAGGGGAGCACACAAUGGUCCAGACUUUGCACAGUCACUCACCUGCACUGGGCUGGCCGUGGAAGGAGGAGGUUGAGGAUGUUCCUGGAAAUACUGUGUAAGCUACACAAAGUUUUAACCUGGUGGUGUUUGCUAGUCUCCUUCAGGAUAGUACGAAGUGUUACUGAAGAGGGGAGCUGAGCCAGAGCGUGUUCAAUGGGAUGUGGUGUGACUCAGGCAAAUCAGCAGGGCAGAGGCAGUUGGAUGCUGUGGUCUUUCGAGCAGAUGUAUUUGCUGCCUUCCUGGCUGUCUCAGAACAGCUGCCAGCGUCUGCUGAUGAUCCUUUCUUUUCUUUUUCUUUCUCCCUCUUCCUUUUAUCCACAGCUUCCCAAAAGCUCCCUGCUUCAAACAGGAGCCUGACUGCACGAAGGGAUAAGGCAUAUGUUGUACUAUUUACCCCACAGAGAGCCCUUACCUGCCUGCCUGGCAGGGCAUGGCUCAGUCUGCUGCUGUAGUCUUUCACUGUCACUGGGGAGGGAGGAGCAGAUAGGCUCUGACCACAGAAAUGUGUUACUCAUUGUUGAGGGGUCAGGACCCUCAUGGACACUGGCAGGUAAAAGUGAGGCUUAGGCUUUUCUGAGCAGUCCAAAAGCAAAAGUCUAUUUUAACAUGAGUUUUACUAUUUUCUACUGUAAUAAAAAGCUUAUAUUUAUUGAA